AUGGCCUGGCGAAGCCAUGGCUCAACCAACGACGAGAUGGUUGACGCUCUAUUCCGGAACGGCAUUAUAAAAUCCGACAAGGUUAAACAGGCCAUGAAAAGCGUCGACCGUGGACACUACGCUCCAGCAUCACCAUAUCAGGACAAUCCGCAAUCAAUCGGUCAUGGAGUGACUAUAUCUGCUCCCCAUAUGCAUGCUCAUGCCUGCGAAGCUGUGCUCGAAUUCUUACGACCUGGAGCUCACGUGCUGGACGUCGGAUCUGGGUCUGGAUAUUUGACCCAUGUCCUUGCCGAGCUGGUGAAGCCUGGAGGCACUGUUGUUGGUAUUGAACACAUCCAGCCGCUCGUGGAUAUUGCACGGAAGAACACCGCAAAGAGUGCUGAAGGUCGUGAGCUGCUUGCUAACGGAAACAUUACAUAUGUGAAGAGCGAUGGCAGGAAGGGAUGGACAGGAAAAGGUGGCGAAAAGGGUUACGAUGUCAUACAUGUGGGCGCAGCAGCAGUUGACUUUCAUCAAGAGCUCAUCGACCAGCUCAAACGCCCAGGAAGACUCUUCAUGCCUGUUGGACAACGAGGCGACCAGUACAUCUAUGUUGUCGACAAGAAAGAAGAUGGCUCCGUCGAGAGGAAGAAACUCUACGGAGUCCAAUACGUGCCUCUGACAGACGCACCACCAGAAUAA